UUGAGAAAUGUGAGCUCGACCGAACUUGCAAAAAUCACAAAAGGAAAACAAGGUCAAGAGAAGCAAGCAGCUCCGUACAGGGCCAUUGCAAGUGAUCCGUGCAUUAUCGGUAUCUGGUUGUCGACUAUCGGUGGUAGUCUCGGCUUCCAAAUUUUCUUACUCUAUGGGCCAACGUAUAUCAAUAAGGUGCUUCAUUACGAUGUGACAAGGACAGGUCUCACCACUGCACUACCAUAUAUUCUUUCGGCGACGCUUAAGUUUUUAGUGGGGCCAAUAUCUGAUCGAGCAAGCUGUAUUUCGGACAGAUGGCGUCUUGUAUUCUUCGCCGCUUUCUCACAAGGACUGAUGGCUUUGUCUUUUCUUGCUCUCGUAUUUAUAACGUCUCCCAGUCUGGCUCAAACUGCCUAUACUGUUGCCAUAGUGUCUAGCGGUAUUAAUGCAGUUGGCACUAUAAAAUGCGCUCAGAUGGUAGCACGACAACACGUCCACGUUGUGAUGGCGGUGACCUCGUUUUUACUGUGCGUCAUAGUUCUAGUGAUUCCGCUUGCCGUCAACAUAGUUUGUCCGGACAACACUCCGGAACAGGUACCGUCUUCGCCAUUAGUACUGGUGGCUCCAUCGUCAGUCCAACCUUUCAAAUCUUGGUCAUGUUUACAAACAGCACUACUGCCGCACACGAUAAGUAGCGGGAAUGAAGCUGGAAACUUCGAAAAUUGCAUUCCUUCAACGUUUUUGGUGUAUUUAUCGAACGUUAAACGGAACGGAAACGGGGCAUUGAAAUAA